GGCAUGGGGAAGUACAUGCCGAGGGCAAAAACCAUCUCUUCCUGCCGUUUCUCUCCGCAAUCAAUCGCUCUCUCCUUCCCUCUGUCGAGGUCUCAAUUUAGAUGGUACGAAGAAGAUAUCUGGACGGAGAUCGCCAAGUACUUGGACAAAAAGUCGUUGGUGAGGCUGGGGAUGGUGGAUCAUUGGUUUCACAAAUUUAUGUUCCACGAGAGCGUCUGGAAGUACGCAUGCCUACGUGAUCUCAACGUUUCACCACCCAAAGAAGUUGCCUUCAAAUGGCGGGAGCUCUAUGCUGCAUCCUUCGAUGGCAGCCAUUCGUAUACCAACAGGCAGCCAGAGAAGCACAUUGAUUGGAUGAGAAUCGGGGCGUUUCUCUUCGACUCAGCAGUGGCAUUGGCAACAGAGAAGCUACGCAUUCCGGAUAUUUCUUCAAACAAGUUGCCAGCGGACAAGAUGGUGCAGAAAAUGGGUUGUUGCAUCUUGACGGGCAUCAAGCCGGGAAUUUGGAUUGCUGAUUUGCAAUUGGUCAGGUGCCCCGUUUGCAACCUCAACACUUGUGAAGGCACCAUGCAAACGCUUGAUGCGAGGCAUUUUGAGCUGUUUCUCCACCAGGAGUACAAGAACGGGACGUGGGAGUACGAAGAGGUUGGAUCUCAUCGAGUUGAGAACUGCUGUGGAGCUAUAGGGGGUAUCUUCGAUGCUGUGCACCUCAGGAGCUCCUCAACUGCAGAGGUUCUCAACAUGAAAUCAUGGAUUGCAGAACCAACAGACUUCCAGCCAAGGGCAAGGAUUGCCUGCCAUGCAGUUGCCGUCAAUACAAAUUUACAGGAAAACGAAGGUUUGCAGGUGAAGUAUCAGAUAAUGAAAGCUGGAGAAAACGGGCCGAUUGUUUCCAUAAGGAUCUCGCAGCAACUCUUGUAAACUUUUAACUUUGCCAGUUCUGGCAUGAACCUUCAUAGGCUAUUUUAGUGAUAGAAUGCUAAUGAAGGGGAUUAGGGACACGCCAUGAUCGAAACAGUCUCGGUGAUGUACAGAGACGGUCUAACCAAUAGUUCCAUGGUCCAGCUAAAAUUGGAUUCCGGUUUAAGUGGCAUGAAACCGGAAAAAAUUGGACAUUCGACAGAAUGCAGACCUAAAAAAUAACACAUAGAGGAGAUUAUAUGGUUUCCUCAGUUUUCUAUAUUCAAAGACGAGACUCCACAGAUUAAACCAACCUAAACGAGCAUCAGACCUCUGCUGGAGAGGUAGGACGAGCAAAUUGAUUCAGU